UCUUCUCCCAAGCUUUCCAAACCUCCAUCAAUGGGAGAAAACAGAAACCCUAAUUCUACACAGGUCAACGAAUUUUCUUCACCACCAAUCCGCGGCCAGAAGCUCUCCCUCCUCCCCUUCGUCUUCCUCAUCUUCUACGGCGUCUCCGGCGGCCCUUUUGGCGUCGAAGACGCCGUCGGCGCCGCCGGACCGCUCCUCGCCAUGGCUGGGUUUCUCGUAUUUCCAUUCAUAUGGAGCAUCCCGGAGGCCUUGGUCACGGCGGAGAUGGCCACCAUGUUCCCGGAAAACGGCGGCUACGUCGUCUGGGCGACGGCGGCGUUCGGACCCUUCUGGGGGUUCCAGCUCGGCUGGGCCAAGUGGCUCGCCGGAGUUAUCGACAAUGCACUCUACCCUGUACUGUUUCUCGACUAUCUGAAGUCGACAAUCCCCGCCGUCGGCGGCGGCCCGCCGCGAGCCGCGGCGGUGCUGGCCCUGACGAUAACGGCUACUUAUUUGAACUACAGAGGGCUUUCGAUCGUCGGAUGGAUCGCGGUGGCGCUCGGGGCAUUUACCGUCCUCCCCUUCGUCGCAAUGUGGUUCAUUUCGAUGCCGAAGCUGCGGCCGCGGCGGUGGUUCGUCGUGGACGCCGGAAAUGUCAAUUGGAGCUUGUAUAUGAAUACUCUGUUUUGGAAUCUUAACUAUUGGGACGGGGCGAGUACGGUCGCCGGAGAGAUCGAGAACCCCCGGAGGACAUUUCCGAAGGCGUUGUUCUACGCGGUGAUCCUCGUCGUUGUUGCGUACUUCUUCCCGAUCCUGAGCGGGACGGGAGCGAUCCCGUUCCAACAGGAGCGGUGGUCGGACGGGUACUUCGCCGAAGUGGCGGAGGUGAUCGGCGGCCCGUGGCUGAGAUGGUGGGUGCAGGCGGCGGCAGCCGCUUCGAACAUGGGGAUGUUCUUGGCUGAAAUGGGCGGCGACUCUUUCCAGCUGCUCGGGAUGGCUGAGCGGGGGAUGCUGCCGGAGUUCUUCGCGAGAAGAUCUCAGUACGGGACGCCACUCGCCGGAAUCCUAUUCUCGGCCACCGGAGUGGUCCUUCUGUCGUGGCUGAGCUUCGCCGAGAUAGUAGCGGCGGCCAACUUUCUGUACAGCUUGGGGAUGAUACUCGAAUUCGCGGCAUUCGUGCGCCUUCGAGUUAUAGCACCGUUUGCAACUCGACCGUACCGAAUACCGGUGGGGACAGUCGGCGCGGCGCUUAUGUGUAUCCCGCCAACUCUGUUUAUCUGCGUCGUUCUGGCUUUGUCGUCGAUCAAAGUUGCGACGGUUGGCCUAGUCGUGAUUUUACUCGGGCUGAUACUACGACCGUGCAUCAAGCUCGUUGAAAGGAAACGAUGGGUUAAGUUCUCGGCGAGUUCGGGGCUUCCCGACAUUCGUAGCGUCACUCAUGAGAGCGAAACUUUAAUCGACUGAUGUCCAGCCGGGAUCGAACAAGUUAUUUCUACAAAAGACUUUCGACAAAUCUGAGAAUCAUUAGUAGAUAGCUCUUUGAAAUGAAAUGUCUGAAAGAUUACCAUUCAAGAAACAAAUAUCUUAUGUCCUUUUCGAUCUA